AACGUUUUUAAAAUAAUACGAUUUUGCCAAUUGCCAUAUUCUGACUAUUGGAUUUUCUCUUGAUUUUAUUCUAUUUUAAUACUUAUUCUAUUGAUUAAAAUUAAUUAAAGUUAAAACCCACAAAUUUAUUUUUAUCGCUGUGACGUUACAUUGUUCAUACCUUUUCGACAUUUCUUAUUUCCUUUCCGCCGUCCGACGAUAUUUGAUAUUCUUUCUGUUUUAAUUUUUGUCGAUCACUCGAACACUUGACAUUCAAUCAUUUAAUUACGUUUUAUAUAAAACACGUUGUCACGCAAUCAACUCUUCAUAUUUUUUUCAUAUAACCGUUUGUUGUUUUAUAAAUAAUAAUUACUAACAACAUGUCUUCAAAUACUUUUCGUGUUCGUAAAUUGACGUCCAUAAACAACGAGAACCCUAUUAAAAAUAUUAAAAAUGGUUUAGUUACAAACCGCAAAAAAAGUGCUUUGAAAGUGUUGACAAACACAGUGCAGUCUAUCAAAAAGUCUGAUGGUAAAGGUCUUAAACAAUUAAAGGUAUUGCCUAUGAAAAAUUUUGAAACCGAAAUUAAAUGUAAAUCCCCAUUACAAGACUUCAAUUACAAUCAAAAUGAAGAGUUCAAUCAUUUUGACUGUACAACACAAGAAAACGAUAUAUUGCCUCCAAGUAUGACAUGUAACAUUGGGAUGCUCAGUGAAUUUUUUGGUGGCAACAAAAAUGACACAAGUGAUUGGUUUCUUGAAGACUACAAUAAAAUAAUGAUCAAUAAAAUCAAAAAUCAAUUUGAUAAUUUUGGAGAACCAGAAAUUGAAUGUUCUUUUCCUUCGUCGCCAGUUAUGGAUUUUCCAGAAUUUAUAUUUGCUUAAUUCAUUUAACAGUGUGUUUUAUUUUUGUGUGUAUUUAUUUAAAUUUAAUGGUUUCGUUUACAUCUAUCAAUAUGAUAAAUAUUAUUAAUAUAAGUUAUUAUAUCCGUUAAAUGAAUAUAUAAUGAUAUAAAUGACAAAGGAUUAUUUUCCUGUACUAACAUUUUUAAAGACUGCUUCUAUUAAAUAGAGUUAUUAUGACAUUUACUGGUUUUAACAUAAUAUUUAAAUUAAUAAUCUGAAGAUUAAAUAAAAACAAUUUUUGUUAAACUAA